UCUCCCCACCCAGCGUUGCCUUUCCGUGUGAUCUCUUCUCGCCUCGCCUCGUCUCGCCUCGCGCAAAAGCGGCGACCCGGUCGGUCUCCUUCUCUUCCUCUGAGAGCAGAGCUUGGUUGGCAUGGAGAGUGGGGGAGGAGGAGGAGGGUUUGGGGCGGCGGGUGGAGCGGGAGCCGGGGGGCGGAUGCCGACGUGGAGGGAGAGGGAGAACAACAAGCGGCGGGAGCGGCGGCGGCGCGCGAUCGCGGCCAAGAUCUUCGCGGGGCUGCGCGCGCACGGCGGGUACAAGCUGCCCAAGCACUGCGACAACAACGAGGUGCUCAAGGCGCUCUGCAACGAGGCCGGGUGGGUCGUCGAGCCCGACGGCACCACCUACCGCAAGGGAAGCAAGCCACUAGAGCGCAUGGAUGCGAUUGGGUGCUCUGUGUCACCAAGCCCAUGUUCCUCUUAUCAACCAAGUCCACGAGCAUCAUACAAUGCGAGCCCUACUUCCUCUUCAUUCCCCAGUGGUGCAUCUUCCCCUUUCCUCCCUCCUAAUGACAUAGUCAAUGGCAUUGACGGCAAUCCUAUUCUACCAUGGCUCAAAACAUUCUCCAAUGGUACUGCAUCAAAGAAACAUCUAUUGCUUCCACCAUUGUUGAUCCAUGGUGGUUCCAUUAGUGCUCCAGUAACUCCUCCUUUAAGUUCGCCAACUGCCCGAACUCCGCGUAUGAAGACAGAUUGGGAUGAAUCGACAGUCCAGCCUCCAUGGCAUGGUGCAAGCAGUCCCUCCAUAGUGAACUCCACUCCACCCAGUCCUGGACGCUCUAUGGUUCCUGACCCCGCAUGGCUCGCCGGUAUCCAGAUCACAUCGACUAAUCCGUCAUCACCGACCUUUAGUCUUGUGUCCACUAAUCCAUUCAGUGUUUUUAAAGAAGCUAUUCCAGUGGGCAAUUCAUCGAGGAUGUGUACACCAGGGCAAAGCGGCACAUGCUCCCCUGCGAUCCCCGGCAUGCCCCGGCAUGCAGAUGUGCACAUGAUGGAUGCGGUCUCUGAUGAGUUUGCAUUUGGAAGCAGCACCAACGGUGGUCAGCAGGCUGCUGGAUUGGUGAGGGCGUGGGAAGGCGAGCGGAUCCAUGAGGACUCUGGAUCAGAUGACCUAGAACUUACACUUAAGCUCUAGGGCAAGCGCUGAUGCUUAACAUCGCUAACUCGGAGGAAUUGUUUUUUAGUGUAUUUCUUCUUGUUCAUUAGUUUCUGAUGGAGACCAAUUGUGUGGUUCCUUCAUAUAGCUUCACUUGUUGUGAUGAUAAUUGUGUUAUUUAUGCAAGGGUAGAGCUUAGAGGUGAAGGACUUGAUUGGGGCAAAAUCAGCUCAGAUGAAGCCCGGAGCCCUCGGCGGGUGACGAUCUCGGUUGGCUGUAGCGUAAGCUCCUUGUGGUGUUGUGACAAUUGUAAAUUACUGCCAGAAAUCUUUCAGAAAUUUGUGGAGCUUUUUGCCCAA